ACAGGUUAUCGACAUUACACUUGCUUCGUUCUUUUCCUUUUCUUUCAAAAUUUUACACCACCAAAGAAGAUGAAGGAAAUCUUUCCUUCAGGCGUUACUGCUAAAUUCAAGAACAUGAACAAGAAAAAGCUCUUACUGAUUCUUUUUGCUUCUAUCCUUCUAAUCACUGCCAUUGUAAGCAUGAUUGCUUGUGUAGCCUCAAGAAAGAAUUCUACAGCAAAAAAUGAAUAUCAUCAGGCAGCUCAUGCUAUCAUUAAAUCUUCUUGCAGCGCCACAUUGUAUCCUGACCUUUGCUUCUCUACAAUUUCAACUUUACCUAAUGCUGCAAUCAGCAAGGUAAGGAACACAAGAGAUGUAAUAGGCCUGUCACUUAAUGUAACUAAAGAAUCGGUUACAAAAGCUUAUUUAAAGAUCAACAGAAUUUCUUCAGGAUUAAAGAAACUCACUCCCCGCGAGAAGAUUGCUUUUGGUGAUUGUUUUGAAUUGUUAAAUCAAACCAUAGUUCAAAUUAAUAAGGUUGCGAGGAAACUCCAUUCUUAUCCAUCUUUAAAGAAAUCCAUAGCAGAACAUGCUGAGGAAUUCAAGAUAUUGUUAAGUGCUGCAUUGACUAAUCAAGAAACUUGCAUCGAUGGUUUCUCUAGUUACGAAGUAGAUAAAAAGGUCCGUCAAUUAUUUUUGGCUGAUGAAAGGUAUGUGUAUCGGCUAUGUAGCAAUGCCUUAGCUUUGAUCAAACACAUGACCGACACAGAUAUGGUUAAUAGUAAGGAGGAGCAACACUCAUCGUCAUCAGAUAGGAAGCUUGAAGAAGAUAAUGGAAUUGAAUGGCCUAAGUGGAUGUCAACAAAGGACCGUAGGCUACUACAAGCCAGAAGUUUAACUCCUCAUGUGAUUGUGGCAGCUGAUGGGAGUGGAAACUACAAGACAGUGACGGAGGCAGUGAAUGCUGCACCGUCUCGAAGUACAUCAAGAUAUAUUAUAAAAAUUAAAGCAGGAGUUUAUAGAGAAACUCUGGAAGUGCCAAAUUCAAAGACUAAUAUUAUGUUUUUUGGUGAUGGAAGUAGCAAAACCAUCAUUACUUAUAAUAAGAAUGUGGUUGAUGGCAGCACAACAUUCAACUCAGCAACCGUAGCUGCUGUUGGGGAUGGUUUUCUAGCCAGAGACCUAACCUUUCAAAACAGUGCUGGACCAUCAAAGCAUCAAGCUGUCGCAUUGCGAGUGGGAUCGGACAAAUCAGCAUUUUAUCGUUGCAGUUUCAUAGCAUUUCAAGACACUCUUUACGUACAUACAUUGCGGCAAUUCUAUGUCAAAUGCGUCAUUAUCGGCACUAUAGAUUUCAUAUUUGGUAAUGGAGCAGUCGUUAUCCAAGAUUCUAACAUACAUGCCCGUCGCCCCAAUCCAAAACAAAAGAAUAUGCUCACUGCACAAGGCCGGACAGACCCUAAUGAGAAUACAGGCAUAGUUAUUCAAAAUUGCAGAAUAGGCGCAACAAAAGAUUUAGAAGAAGUGAAAAGCAGUUUUCCCACUUAUUUAGGUAGGCCAUGGAAGCUAUACUCAAGAACUAUCGUAAUGCAGACUUAUAUAAGCGAUAUUAUUCACCCAGCCGGUUGGUAUGAGUGGGAUGGAAAUUUCGCUCUCGACACAUUGACUUACAGAGAGUAUCAAAAUACAGGAGAAGGUGCUAACACUGCGAAUAGGGUGAAUUGGAAAGGUUUCAAAGUAAUGACUAGUGCAAGUGAAGCACGACCAUACACUGCAGAAAAUUUCAUUGCAGGAAGCAGUUGGCUACCUUCUACUGGUUUUCCUUACUCUCUUGGUCUAUAGAUUCAUCAUAUCUUAUGUAUAUGCUUAUUAUCAUAUAAGACAUGUGUAUCCACCGUUGUCAUUCAUUUCCUAUCUGUUGAAGUUAUAUAUGUAAGGAAUAAAAAAUGGACUUAGAAUCUAAUUCAAACAGCAGGAAUUACCCAACGAAAAUGGGCUAAUGGGCUCUAGCCCAUUUUAAUUUCUCCACUGCCCUGAGAGAUGGGCUAAUAGCCCAUUUUUCCAACAAUCAACUCAUUUGUAACCCAAAAAACCAUAGAUGAGAAGAAUUUCUUGUUCUUAAA